ACAGUUUUAGCGCUCAGUCCGCCUACCAACGAAGAAGAAGAGGUGCUCCCCGCUCAGAGUGUAAACUUCCGUUUACUCUGCUGAGAAAUAAUUCAAAGUCUUCAGUGAGAGACUCUAAGUCCUCCUUCUUUAUUCAGAGUUAGUUUGCUCUCAGGUAACGAUUAACUCUGUAGACCGUUUUAUGCUUUCGUGGAGAGGCUUUAGUGGUCCAGGAGCCGUGGAGGGUCCGGUGUGUCUCCCCGGCAGAAGAGACUCCAGCGGGGGAGCAGAGAGUGAGCAGAGCCGGGACAUAAAAACACACUUCAGGGUGUGUCGAUUUAUCAUGGAGACAGGUAAAGUGAGAAGAAGAUUAGAGUCGGGAUUAUGGAGUGAUGAGCAGCAUGGCACAUUUAUGAAAUGAAUAUCUGUGAUUGUAAUUAAAAUACUGGCAAAUUGCAAGAUCAUGACUUACCCACAAUAUAUGAACUGAUUCAAAAUUGACAUUGACAUCAAUGUAUGUUGUCAGUAUCACUGGGAGGAGACAUAGUUCUGCAGGAAUACAAAUCAAACACACUUUAGUUAACCAGACUCAAUGCCUGACUUACAGGUUUAGAUUCUGCUGUCAGGGAGAGGGUUUAAACCAGAAACCAGUCCCUAAGUCGAACCUGCAACAUAUGCAUAUGUUAGAUCUGGGUCUGCAGACUUUUAAAAACCCAGUCUCAUAUUUGUGAAACUUGUGUUUCACUUGUAAAAUGUAAUUAAAAAAAAUGAUUUUGCUGCUUUCCCGCUCUGAGAUUACACUGGAGCAGGUCAUAAGGUUUCUUGCAUUUCAAAAACAGAACUUGGUAUAAUCGUGUCCAGAUCUAUCAGGUCCAGGCACAGGGGUUUAGGAUUAUGAGGUGGUUUUCUUAACUCUCUUCUUAACAGCAGAAUGAAGAGCUAUGACUCAGAUGUUACCUUCAGAAUCAGUGAUAAUCCUGAGAUGAUUUAUUCAGUUUUUUAAAAGAGAAAUCACAGAGUUGAUUGACUUAAAGAAUUCUUUCUUUACUUUGUUUUCGGUCAGUUUGGAAUUUUUUAUCCUUAUAAUUAAGAAUUCACAUUUCUGUAUUUAACUUACAAAUUCUGCUUCAGGACUCAUCAUAACGGUAUAGCUUAUUCUUAGCCACAGAAACAGAGAAAUAAACAGGCUACAUAUAAAGGUAUAUGUAAACAUAAAUAGAUUAAAACAUUUGAAAGAAUCGUUUUCUGGUGAUAAAAUAGCAGAGGAUGUUUGUGAAUUUUAUUGACUCCUGUGUACUCCCUCCUGUCCAGGUGUAAAGCUGUGUAUGCGCUCGGUCCCUGUGGCCACAGCAUGUGUGUUGUACCACCGUUUCUUUGAGCGUGUCAGCCUGCAGGACUAUGAACCUUACUUGGUGGCCAUGAGCUGUCUGUACCUGGCCGGGAAAGUGGAAGAGCAGCACAUUCGGACCAGAGACAUCAUCAAUGUCAGCCACAGGUAAAAUACGAGUGAACAUUACCUGAUUCCUUGUGGACACGUCACACUGCCGGUGCAGACAGGAGAAUAAAUCUGCCUUCUACAUUUAUGCAUUAUUGUUUGCAAUCGUUUUCAGAUAGCAAUUUUAAAAAAAGAAACUAAAAUAAAGCAGGGUGACUAUAAUUUUGUAAGAAAAUACUAACUUAAGAUGAACAUUUCUGCCCAUAGGGGGCGCCAAAGGAGCACGCAGAAAUAGAGAGGCAGUGAUUGUGAAACAAGGGUUGAUGUGGAAGUUUAAUAUAAAUUUGGCCAAUGCUGUGAGCUGAUACUGAGGUUAUUCUGUGGCAGUGCUCUAUUUUUUUGUGUCCGAUUUUUUUAAUGCUCUAAGAGAUUUGAAGUAUUUUGAUAGUUGCGUAUCCCAUCUUUAAAGCCCCUCUAAAAUGUCUCCAGGUCAUGUCUCGAAAAGUGCAUGUUACUGAUUUUUCCCAGCGCCUGUGUGUAACUCCCACACUUACACACUUUCUGUCAUGUUUAAUUUAAAUUAUUAAAGUAAAUCAGUCAGUCCAGCGGGGCAUUUCUUCUGUUUGAUGAAAACUUCUCUGAAUCUGCAGUAAGGUGUGAGAGUUUUACUGAUCAACAUUAGUUUGCUGCAGAUAAAGACAGGAUACUAAAGGAUACAUAUAAACACCAGCUCCUGACAUCGGUGUAUGACAGCAAGUAAAGUAAUAACAUCUAUGUAUCUCCGCUCAGAAAGUUCCCCAUAGCAGCUUUAAUCUUUUUCAUUUGCAGGAUCUACUUGAUAUGACUUCAUUGGAUGUUUUAAACCUUUCACUUGGAACUUCUGGUGAUUGAAAAUGAUCCGAUCGUGAAGUUAUGAUUGUUGCAGUUGCAUCCCUAUUUGAAACAGUUACUUCUGCAGGAGGUGUUUCUGCUCGUUGCUGUCUUAAGUGCUCACCUUGUGCCCUCUGUCCACUCUUCCCUCGCAGGUAUUUUAACAGCAGCAGCGCUCCUCUUGAAUGUGACAAGGAGUUCUGGGACCUGAGGGACAGUGUGGUGCAGUGUGAGCUCCUCAUCCUCCGACAGCUCAACUUCCAUGUCUGCUUUGAACACCCACACAAGGUAUGUGGCUCUGUGUGUGUAUGUCUGUGUGUAAGUGUUUAGGUUUCUGUCCUGAGGUGUUUGUAUGUGCAGCUGCAAGAUGGUCAGAGCUGAAGUUGUGUGUUUUUAAAUAUUUAUAGGACAUGAUGGAUCACUUUCUGUCCCUGAUUUAUUUUCUUUGUGUUUUAAUCGUAUUUGUGGAUUUUUGCCUUUAUUGUUUAGGAAUUGUGAGACACUCAGGUUCAGGGGAGUCCAUCAGAGUGCAACCUUUUGAUUGGCUGAUCAGUUCAGAGCGUCAUCCUCCCUCUCUGUUUCUGUCUCUGCAGUAUUUACUUCACUACCUGCUGUCUGUGAAGUCACUGGUGAACCGCCACGCUUGGUCUCGAACCCCUGUCACUGAGACUUCCUGGGCUUUGCUUAGAGACUGUUACCAUGGAGCCAUGUGCAUCCGCCACAUACCCCAACACAUAGCCAUAGCGACGCUGUACCUAGCUCUAAACAGCUACGGAGUGGAGCUUCCUAUCGGGGAGAAAGAGUGGUGGAAGGUGUGUGAGUUGGUAAUGGCAGACUGUGUGAAUGUGAGAGAGUGUGAGAGGUGGCAGAUCCUCUCUGUACUUAAAGGAAAGGUAACAUGAUGAUUUAAACAGCUGCAUGUUUGCACCUCCUGCAUAAACGGAGCUACAAAAUAUUUGUUUUCCUUAAAUGAGUAAAUUCAGAAAGUCGCUGAAAUCAAAUGUAAGUUCAGUGAAGAAUGAAAGUGAAGCAGAUUUUACAGAGUUUGUUCAUGUUUUUGUGCUCUCACUGUGGAAGAGUACGACGUCAGCAGCCAAACAGUUUUUCACAAAAGACAAAUAUAUAGUGACAAACACAAUUUUUCAAUAUAAAGACAAAUAGUGCACCCUGUAGACAAAUGAUGUCCCAUUUGGAGUUCUAGAAAUCUGGAUUCAGUACACAGAGUGACCAAUCUUUGGUAAUAUUAUUUAUUAAUUACUUUGAAAAAAUGGGGAUUUUCCCUUUUACAAAAACAACCAUGCACUGCACUGUCACUGCAGCUUCAUUUAUGUAGACUGACUGAUGGUAUUAUAAAGCUGCAAAACCUGCAGGCGCAAAAGCACUUAAUCAUGCUGAAAAUCAACCUGCAGAGCAGACUCAUAAAAUAAUCUCUGCAGACAUAAAGUCUUACAGAGCGAGGCUCAAACUACUAAAGAUGAAAUUACUGCAACAAAAGAACUACACAGGAAAAUUUUGCCCACAUGCAGGGUCUAGUUUUCCAGUUUUCUGCAGAUUUGUUCUUACUGAUAAAAUCAGCUUGGCCACAUUGUUGGAAAUGUGGUGUAUGGCUGCAGCCUUGUGUUGAACAUCUCUGCAGUGCAGAACACCUUUAGCCAGUUGUUUCAUAUUCCAGUCUGCUUUAAGUCUCAACAUGAGACAACACAUUUUCUAUCUGUACCAAGUAGGAAAAUCGAAACCAAAUGCACAUUUGGGUACGUUUUAUUUAUUUUUUACCAGUCACACAGUAAUCAAAUAAUUAACAUCAAAUCCCUUGAAGUUAAUGUUGAUCUAAUGCAACUUUUAAAAAAAAACCUUGAUACAAACAAGAUGGACUUGAGUCUGGAUGGAAAAAAACUAUAAAUUUCUAUUUUUAGAUCAUUUAUUCAGAUUAAAUCCUAGAAUAAUCUGCACAGACCUCCCCUCAGCGUUUUUUACUUGUAGGGACCAAAGAAAAAUUUUUCACAUAACCUUGUCAGGAUCGGUUCUCCCUGGAGUAAUACAAUAGGUAUUAAAUGGCGCUGUAACAGUCUGUAGCCUUACAGGUGAUUUCUAGGGUCAUACCAGCAGCAUGAGUCCGGCUCUGUACCACAGUCUCACCACACUGACUCCACAGAUCAGCUCUGCCCAUCCUCAGAGUAAUGUGUUGAGUAUUAAUUAAAAGCUGGCAGUGAUUAUAGUUCCCCAUUGUCCAACACUUUUGUAAAUGAGCUCUCUUUGAUUUUUGUAACUCACUGUAACUGGAUGCAAAUGGAAAAAGUCUGGAUUAGACACAGUGAUCCACUUCAGUCCUCCAGGCACUGAAAUCUGGGUCGACUGAAACGUGUGUGGACCUUUGAAGUCUGCUGUAGUGAGUCCAGGUGUGGCGCUAAAGUCUGUGUGUGUUCUCUCACUCUCACUCUCUCUCUCUCGCUCUCGCUCUUUCUUUCUGUGUGUGCGUGUCUAUGUGUGUGUGUGUUUAGGUGCUGUGCGAGGACGUGACCAAAGAAGACAUUGAUGCUGUGAUCUCAGAUCUUCUGCAGCUCUACGACAUGGAGGCCAAGUGUAUCUGAAGGACUCAAACACACUUUUAAGAACUUGCGCACACACAGGAGACACAGGACAGUUGUUUUGUCUGUGUGUUUCUGCGUGUGAGGAUCCAGGUGUGUGUGCGUGUGUGUUUGUUUAUGUGUGUGUGUGUGUGAGACGACUGUCUGUUGGCCCAGUUAGUCUGUGAGGUGUGACAGACACUGCUGCACUCCUGAUUCCUGCCGCCCCGGGGAGACAUUUCUCUCUGCAGAAUACUGAUGAGCUCCUGAACAGCAGCAGCUCCAACGUACAGCUGCCGGAGUUUGGAGACAGAAUCACUCACUUUUUACUCAGAAACAUCCAAUUCUCUAAUAAAUAUCUGAAAAUGCAUUGAUAUGGUGACCUCAGCUAGCGGUUAACUACAAACUGGAAUUAUACUGACCUAUGUGGGCAUUAGGUUAGCACAUGAAAUUGGAUAUUGGUUUAAUGAAUUGUUAGCUGAUAAUGUGAAUAUUUCAUUAUUCCCUAUUAUUCCAACAAUAAAGUUUUAUUUGAUUAAAAAAAAAAA